AUGACGGGCGGAAGAAGCGAGACAAGUAUCGAUAGUAUCGAUAUCUUCGCGUCGUAUGCUGUGGCGACAAUUUUUGUUUAUAUUUUGGAACAGACGGGGCCUUGUCUCGAACCCGAGGAAUGGCGAAAGCGCCUGAACGAUUGGAAGAACACGACACGGUGUAAAUAUAGACGCAUCAUGUUGUCCCCGGGAGCUAAAUUAUCCCUCUCGCCACUGGAGACCAGAGCCCUGAGCAUCUUUGGAGAGGUUUCGGACGUGGGUGCAUUGGUCUUCGACGAUAGCGCCGAAUAUUUAGAGGAGCACAUCGAUCAGGAGGAACCAGUGGAUAACUAUGCGGACUACCGCGAAGAUUCUAGCCCGCCGCCAAAAUCUAUCCGAAUUAGCCCGCGCAAAGCUAAGCAGGUGACAGUGCAGUUUCCAGAGGAGUACACCGAACGUCCAGCCACCAAGAUCAUCAAUGGACAACUUCCCGUGAAGCGGGUUCGUGUGCAGGUCCCCGAACCCUUUAUGAGGUUCGCUGCAGCAAGACACAAGCGCCAGGAGAUAAAGAAUCAGCUGGAACGAAUCGCGGACAUCCACAACGCCAGCCUUCAGUUCCAUGUUGCCUGUUUCAAGUACAGUAAUCCCGGAUUUGAGUACAGUGCGCCGGAGCUAUAGCGCCAUGGAACAAGCGAAUUACAAGGAAUUGCAUAUCGGUAUUGUUUGUAACAUAUUAUAGAAUCAUAUAUGUAGGUCCUGUUAAGUUAAGUUUAAAAAGAUAUAUCUUAAUUAAAUAAACUAAAAACAAAAAAAUAGAA